UAAAAGUGUGCCACUCGUUCUUAGUGCAAUGAUUGUAAGACAGACGAGAGUGCUGAGAGCAGCUGGAUGUGAGGCAGGCUGCGGUCCGACGGGACGGGGCGCGCGCACGAGCACGAAGCAGCCCCUCGUCGCGGACAAACGGAAGACCCUCCUCGCAUCCGGGGCUUGUUUUAAGUUGCCUGCGAUCUAUUUUAAUGACUCAGGCAGCUAAAGCAAGUCUGGGACGCCAGAGACAACACGACGAUCACCUGCCUGGCGUAUUUCACGACCAUAAGACUCUUUACUCUUCAUUGCCAAACAUUAAGGCCUACUUGUGUUGUUAAAUAAAUUGUAGGCAGUCAGCGUUAGCAUGUUCACCUGGCACAGGAAAAAAUAAAUAAAAUAAAACAUUUUUCUUCUAUUUGGGGUUUCGUUACUUUGCUAGUUGCAAUGUCUUAUGAAUUAUGAUCACAUAACCCAAUCUGUACUACUGUUGUUGUUUUAACAGUUCGCGUUCAGAAAUCACAGAUUUUAAUUUAUCAUAGGUUGUAUAUUUGUUAAGAUUUGUUUUUUUUUUUUUUUUUUAGAAAGAGGUAGGCCUACAUUAAAUGUACAUGCAAUUCAAGGGCAUGCAUGGUGAUAGCGUGUCAUCAUUAUGACAAAAUACCAUUCUCGCUGUUUGGAAAUAUAUAUAACGCGAAUUUAUAAAAGUGUAAUAUUAGGCGCUAUAUCAAAAGGAGCAUGCAUUAUGUAAGAGCGCGGGAGAAGCGAUCAUAAGGCAGGGCAGAGGCUUUACUACACCAUCUAUUGCUCAUUAAAGCAGCAUAAGUUUGGGAUAAAAUGUUCUUGUUUACCAUUAUGCACUGAGGCAUGGUUAAAAGGUAAAUAUUCUCAACCAACAUGGAACAGGCCUUUCUGUUUGCAAAGAGGUAAAAAGGCGGAAAAGAAAAAGGAUCUGAACCGGUUUCCAUGUCAAACACUUCAAUUCUCCAUAGAAACUCUGAUCUUAACGCAGAAACUUUAUUAAACCUUGAUGGUGGAUUGAUAAGGCCGAAUUUCUAUCGGUUCCUUUUUAUUGUGGAGACGGGGAGGGAUGACAGAGGUAAAUUGCUCUUUUAAUUAAACCAAUGCACCGAAGGAAAUUGCUGUCUGAAUAUUGUCUCAGAGAUGGGGCUUGUGACAGUUGCCUGGAAACUUCAAUCUGUCUCACAUUUAUUCCAGAUCACAGUUUUGAGAUAAAGUUUAAUAAAAAUCUUUGCGCCAAUGAAAGCCUACCCUUUCACGUCCUCCACCGCCAGCACAAUGCGACAGAACUGCGGAGGAAGCCUUAUGUUUAACAUGUAUCUCUCAGACCCUACGGAAAAUCUUUUGAAGGAAAGCAAAAGCUCCUCUUGGACCCCCAUCAACACAGGAGUGCAGAAAGGCAGCGGCCAGAUCCAGCUAUGGCAGUUUCUUCUGGAGCUGCUGUCUGACAGCGCCAACAUGACCUGCAUCGCCUGGGAGGGCACCAACGGGGAGUUCAAACUGAUCGACCCGGACGAGGUGGCCCGGCGGUGGGGGGAACGCAAGAGUAAACCGAACAUGAACUACGACAAACUGAGCCGAGCUCUGCGCUAUUACUACGACAAAAACAUCAUGACCAAGGUGCACGGAAAGCGAUACGCGUACAAAUUUGACUUUAACGGCCUGGCGCAAGUGUGCCAGCCCUCCUCCACUGAACAAGCCAUUUACAAAUUCCAGAGCAACUUCGCUCCCCUCCAGUUCUCCGGCAUUUCCAAGCUCAGCCUGGUAGCUCCGGGCGCCGGUCCGUCGGGGUUCUCGUACUGGCCCGGAUCUCCCCCGACCCUCUAUCACAGCCACAACCUGCAGCCGCCGGGAGCCUUCGGCGCCGUGUCCGCCUCGCACAUAAGUUGCGUUAACAACAUCAACAGUUUAAAUAACCUCAACAACAUCAAUAGCCACUAUAACUGAUUUUCCUUUCAUUUGCCGCAGGAGCGCGAGCUGAUAGACUAGUCUGCGCGAGGCUAUAUUCAAAAGCGCGAGCGAUUUCAACGUUGUAGGCUAUUAUUGCUAUCAUGCCCCAGAAAAAAAAAAAAAAAAAAGAGAGAAGGAUGAUUUGGGAAUCGCGUUUGGUGGAGUUUUUAAUGUCGAUCGCUUAAAGAUUGCUUAAAAAAAGCGAUGUAGCGCCAUCUUAUGGAAAACAUAACGCCGUCGCUGGUUAAUUUGUCGUUAAAGUCAGCCGGAUAACGUAAAGUCUCCGUACUCUGCGGGAGGGAAGAAGAAAUGAGCGCGAUGGUGGAGAAAACGCUACACGGUAUGAGAACAAAUGGUAAGAAGCAAAAAUAUGUUCGCUACUACACUUUUGUAAUCGAGCAUCGUUAACACUUAUGUGAAGCGCUUUGAUAUGUCCUUAUUUAUUUAACGUCGACGGUGAAUAUUGGGCACGGGGCUGCAUUUUAAAAGCGUUUGCCCUGAGAAACCAUGAAGAAUUUUUUUUUUGUUAAGCGCGCAAAGACUGAUCGGCAGUUUGUGUCCUUGCCUUGUUUUCACUCAGUUGAUUAUUUAGUUAUACUGUAUUUUGCUUGUGACGGUGCAUUAAAAUGAUUCGUGUAAAAAUCA